ACCGCGCUGUCCCGGCGGGUGCCGCGGCCAUGAGCGCCGCGCUGGUGGGGUACAGCAGCUCCGAGGAGGAGCAGGAGCAGGAGGAGGAAGGGGGGAACCGGGGCGGCGGCGCGCAGGGGCCCCCCGCGGCCAGGUGGGUGCGGUGGGGUGGUGGCGGCAGGAGCGUGCGGGAGGCGGCGGGAGCGCGCGGCCUUCCUCCUCCUCUUCCUCCUCUUCUCCUCUUCCUCUUCUUCCUCGUUCUAACCCCGCUCCGGUCCCGCAGCUCCGGCCGCCCCCGCCUGCCCGCGCCCGCCGGCCUGCCCGGAGACCCGGACCCGGAGGAGGCCGUGAGCGAUGACAGCUCCCGGCACGGCGGCCGCGUGCGCUGCUUCCCCCACGAGCGGGGCAACUGGGCCACGCACGUCUACCUGCCCUACACUGCCCAGGAGGAAUUCCUGGAGCUGCUGGAGCUGCUGCUGUCCCACGCCCGCACCUACGUCCCGUCGCUGGCUGCCAUGGAGGAGUUCCACCUGAGCCUCUCGCAGUGCGUGGUGCUGCGCUACCACUGGAUCCAGCCCUUCGUUCGCUCCCUCCGGGAGCGCCUGGCCGCCUUCCACAGGUUCUUCUGCGUGGCUGAUCAAGUGAAGGUUUACACCAACCAGAACAAAACCAGGACCUUUAUUGGCUUGGAGGUCUCUGCUGGGCAUUUCCAGCUGCUGGAGCUGGUCUCAGAGGUGGAUGGUGUUCUGGAGGAAUUUGACCUUCCCACAUUCUACAAGGACCCAUCGUUCCACAUCAGCUUGGCCUGGUGCGUCGGGGACCUGUCUGGCAGGCUGGAAGGGCAGUGUCUGCAGGAGCUCCAGGACAUUGUGGAUAGGUUUGAGGAGUCAGCAUUCCUGCUGCGUAUCCAGUGGGAGCAAAUUCGCUGCAAGUCAGGGAACAAGUACUUCUCCUUCCCCCUGAGGUAGGGGCAGGUGAGGCUGUGCCUUUUGGAGCCUUGAAGAGCCUGGUGCUGGGCCAAGGACUGUUGUCUGGCACAGCUCUGGGUGGCUUGGGCUGUCACGCACCUCCAGCCUCUUCUUGCCUGCUCAGCGUCUCUGCAGCGUUUGUGGCCUCAAGUCAGGCACUUCCAGUUGGAGCUGCUGGCUGAAGAGAAGUGUGUUUGUAGCAGAUUUCAUACUCGCUGCUGGAUGUGCUGCUGUCAGCACUGGUGGUUCCAGACAUCCCACGGUCGCUAAUUUUGCUGAUUUUUUAAAAAAAAGGAAAAAAAUAAAUCAAAAAAGCCAUAGAUGCCUUAUGGGAAGGAGGAAGAAGGUAGCGUGGGAAGCUGCUACUAAAGGGAGAGUGUCUCACGCAGUGGGAAGUAGCACUACCAGAUUGUUGGGAGGAUCUGGGCAUGUUUUGUGUAGCAAGAGGCAAGGCCAUGGAGCUGGAUCCUCUUCCUGAGUGUUUUCCUACUGUAAGCCAUCUCAGACAAGUUCCUGAGUCAUGCUGUGUCCCUCUCACACUGCUGCUGCCUCUGUAGAGACAUUUCAGUGUCUGAUCCUUUUGCCAAACAACAAGAGCUUGCUGCCAGGUGUGGGUGAGCCCUGAAACAGACAGUGUCAGUGUUUGCC